CCCAAAAUAGAAGUAUUUUUUACUAAGGUUGUUUUAAUACUUUGUCCCACUCACCGUGAAAUUAAAAAUAAAAACAAAGAAAAUAUUAGAAACUCACAAAAAACCAACAAAAUGUAACUUCACAAACGACUUUUAAACAUCAACACACGACGACGUCGAAUACUAGAGACAGACAGGCAGAUAGAUUUUCGAUCUAAUUUUGUACCGCUAGAGAACUUCAAAGUGAAGUGCUGCUGUUUGCUGCCACCGACCGUCAGUUGAAAAAAUGUCUUCAAAGUCGAAUGUCGUCGUCGAAGUGUAAUGAAAGAGCAUUAAUGUGAAAUAAAACAAAAAUUUAUAAAGUUUUCUUUACUUUAUUUGUUGUUUCUCACUCAAACACGAUACCAAACAAAAAAAAUCACAUUUUUAUUGAUUAAACAACAACAAAGGGAAAAAUCAAAACAACGUUUAUUUUUAGUGAAUUUCCGCAAGUCUUUCUCAAACAUGGACUAUUUGCAACAAUUGUAUGCCCGUCUCUUUGGUACAAAUCCGGAAGACAUUGCCAUCAACAGCAGCAGCAGCAAUAACAACAACAAUGGCAAUACCUCAACUAAUAAUCUACCACGUAAAGUGGUGGCAUUUGGUAAUGUUUUACUCGAUCAUACUGCUCACAUCAAUGACACAGAACUGCUGGAUCGUUACAAGUUGUCUUUGAAUACGAGAGCAGAGAUGGAUGUAGAGACAAUAAGUAAAGUAACGGCCGAGGCUAUUGUCAAUAAAGAAGAAGAUCCUCAUUUGGGUGGUUCUGCUCUAAAUACUGUACGAAUUUUAAAGAACUUGGGUACAGAAGCUUUAUUUUUUGGCGCUGUGGGAGAUGAUAAACAAGCGGGUGUCGUUGCUGAUCUUUUAACGAAGUCGGGCAUGGAAACAAACAAUUUCAGAUUACAAACCAUUGCUGAUACACCAACGGGACGUUGUAUUUGUUUGGUACACAAAGAUUCUCUGGCUUUAUAUGCGAAUAUCGGUGCAUCAUCGAAAUUUUCCACAGACUAUUUGGCAAAGGUUCAACAAGAGGAGAAUGCUUUCUUUUUAAGAAAUUCCGGUCGUAAACAAAUUUUCUACGUAGAAGGUUUCUUUGUACCACAACGCGAAGAAGUCUCUACUUAUAUUGUUACAAAUUUUAUUAAGGGACGACGACGUUUGGCCGUUAAUCUAAGUGCUGAUUAUAUAGUAAAAAUGAACUAUGAUCAUAUGAUAUAUCUGAUCAAUAAUGCCAUGUUUGUGUUUGGUAAUAAAGAUGAGUUUGAGACUCUGCGUGAAUGUUGGGGUGCCAUAAAUAUCGAGGAACUUAUAAGGGGUAUACUAGACUAUUCCACUGGUCCUAAAAUUUUCGUUAUGACCAAAGGUGCCGAUGGUGUCGAACUUAUUACAAACUAUGAGGAUGAAUUAUCGCCACCGGGAAAAUUAACAUUUCAAAUGUUCAAUACACCUAGAAUUGAAAAUAUUGUUGAUACAACUGGCUGUGGUGAUGCUUUUGCUGCAGCUUUCCUGCAUGCCUGGCUGGAGAAACGUAUUUUAAGUGAAUGCAUACGUUUUGCUUGUGAUAUAUCGGCCAAAGUUGCCACACAAGUUGGUUGUAAUUUACCAUAAAAUUUUACACACACAGAAGACGCUUAAUGAAAAUCUCACUUAUUGAUAUUGACUUUAAUUUAUUAUUUAUUUGCAUUUUUAAACUUUUUCUUUUGACCAUUAUUAAACAUUUCUUUUUCUUUCUUAUAUGAAAUCCAAUACUCUAGUGCAUAUGAAAAUAGCUUACAAUUCAAAUAUUUUCAAUUUAUUUUUUUAAUAUUUUUUUUUUAAACUGUUUAUUUGCUUUGUAUCGUAUCAGUCGUAGUUGUUAAUUGUGAUACAAUUCAUACAUAUUUAUUCAUCCAAUUACUCAUACAUUCGUUAUUACGGUCUUAGUUCCAUUAACUCCCAUUCUUUUUUUAUAAUUUUGGCUUAGAAAUUCCAUUUAAAAUGAAUAAAAGCUGGCUUUGUAUUUUAACAGAAA